UGAUAAAUUAUUAUCUUAUCUAUCUGAUAAAUAAAAUUAUAUAUGUACUUUUUUAUUUUAACUGGUAGGUUUUGGUAUUAGUAGCUCAGUAGUAUUUGCAGUAAUCUUACUAGUAUUUAUUGUGAAAUUGGCUUAUACUUUUCGCACGCUCUUGUUUCGCACCUGAGCAUGUCUUUAGCUUCUUCUAUCAUAUAUGCCCCUCGUAUUAACAACUGGUGGUUGCAGUUACAGGCGAUGAAAUGGCCACAAUUACUGCCACACAGCGUGUGGUGAAUAAUCAUCUGACGAACAUCAAUUAUCAUCAUUUGUCAAGUGUAAUUAAAUACUUGAAUAAUCAGCAACAGACACCGCAACAACUGCAACAGCCAAAAACAUGGACCACAACCAAUGCAUUGUCAAUAUCGCAAAGAUAUUUUGAGAAGAUUGCCCCAGCAUCUGUUGGCAUUCCAGCAUUGAUGAAUCAAAAUUUUUAUGAUAUGCAGGAUUCUGGUUCAGAUGCAUCUGGUCAUGAUGGCUAUGGAAGACACAGGAGACAUAAUAGGGACAAGGAACCUAUAUUUCAAUGUCCCGACUGUGAUAAAAGGUAUCGCUCUAAAACCAGCUUAAGUCUACACAAACGUCUUGAAUGUGGAAAAGAACCAGCCUUCCAGUGCCCAUACUGCCCGCUCAAAACACAUCAGAAAGGUAACCUGCAAGUGCAUAUAAAAAAGAAACACAACGAUCACGGAGAACUUAAUAGGACUUAUUGAAUUAUAUUAGUAAAACAACAUUGGUCUGAUAAACAUUUAGAGAGAUGAUAGUGCCAUCCUCCCAGAGUCAUAACUUUUAAUAUAUUUCCAAGGGACAUAAACAAUAGAAAUAUUCCAAUUUUUCUGAAUAUAUAAACCAUUCAUUUAAGAAUUUAUUUUUUAUCCCAUAUAUUGGAGUAUCAUGAAAACAGGGUGUUAUUUUUCAUAUUUACAUAUACUCCUCUUGGUUUCCUUACUAAUACAUUUUAUGUUUUCUGAUACUUGAGUAAGUAAUUUCUUAUAAUAUCAAUUUAUGUAUACGGUGUUAAUCUCUUAUUAAUAUAUAAUGCAAACGACUGAUGUGCUUUUCUUACCAAAAUUGUGUAAAAACGUAAAACAUUCGAUCCGUAGUAAAGUAGUUUGGCACUCCAUCUGUAACUGAAAUUCACAGGUGAAAAUGAAUCAUCCAAAUCAAAUCAAUUGUAUAUAAUAUAUUAGAAAAAAAAACAGUACAAAAUAUGUGUUCGUUUAACAUAAGAGUAUAUACACUCUUGAUAACAAUUUAUUUUAUGGACCAAAAUGUCUGCAUAUCUGAGUUUCCAAACAAUAACAAAUAAAUUAUGUGACCAUUUAAUAUUUUUGAGGGUUGCGUAUUAAUGACACAUUAGUACUACAUGCCGUCCAUGUAAUCAUGUAUUAUAAUUUAAUUCAUACCAAAGUUUUUUUAAGUACAAAUGAUAGAUAUAAUUUACAUAAGUAUAGUUUUUCCUUAAUGAUUGUAGUAUUUUGUUUUAGUAUUAUAAUUCAAUAUGUUUAAAAAAUAGUUUAUAAUAUGCCAUUAUUUUUACCGAAGUUACCUAUCUCAAACUACUAAGAUGUUUAUGUACUAUUAACUAAACCGUUUACAAAAAUGUGCCUUACACUUGGCUACCCGUGACUUACUUUUUUAAUAAAUAUUUCCUGGUUUUAAACAAUUUUAACAGUUCAAUGAGACUCAUACUGGGUGGUAUAUUAUCUCUUUAAAUGCAGAAAUAGAAUAAAAUAUAUAUCCCUACUUUCCAAAGAAUAUACAAAUUAUAAUUAUUUCAUUUUAAAAAUGCAAUGUUGCUCUCUUGACCUAAGAUCUCUAAAGAUAUAUAUAUAUAUAUAUAUUAUUAAAUAUUAUAUAAUAUAAUAAUUUAUAAAGGUUUAAUUAUUAGCAAUAAGAAACAUACUGUCUGAAUGUAAAAUCUAUAAAAAAAAAAAAUCUACCUCAUAUUACUACGAGUAGUUUAUUCCGUUAAUGAGUGCAAUUUUUCCUAUUUUACAAAAUGUAACUAUGUA